GUUUCCGCUGCGCUCUUAUUUCUGCUCCGAUCGAGAGAGACGCGCAGCUCGAGCUCAGAAUAUCAUCGACGCGGAGUCUGAUUCAGACACACUGAAGAUUAUUAAAACACCAACGUUUCGUUUUAAAGCAACGUUUGCGUUUCAGUUUCCCUUUCCUUUGUUCAAAGUCACACGUAUCACCGACGGGAUUCACCGGACGCGGCAGCGGAGCACGAGCGACAUACCGGCAAACAAAGAACCCCUUCUGUGCGAGAGAUCAGCCCUCAACACCCGUUAGUUAUGAGUCAUGUGGCCGUCGAGAAUGUGCACGGUCUGGAUCCGCAGCUCGCUGCUCUAGACCUGAACUCUGAUCUUCAGGGAGUCCCUGGAAGGCGCUACAUUCCUCCUCAUUUAAGGAACAAAGAAGCUUCCAAAAACGAUUCUCCCGGAGGAUGGGAUAACGGACGCAGUAAUGGCUUCGUAAACGGCUUCCAUGAAGGCCGAGACAACCGUAUGAAUGGAGGGGGCAGUUUCGGUGGCCGUGGCUCCAUGCGCAGCGACCGCGGAGGAAGAGGAGGCUUCAGAGGAUUUGGUUACGACAACAAGGAUGCCGGUGGGUGGAACGCCCAAAAAGACACGGCCUACAACAGCUUCAGCGGCCGCUCUGACCGCGGGAAAUCCUCUUUCUUCAGUGACCGCGGGUCUUCAUCCAGGGGACGGUACGAGCGAGGAGGCUUCGGCGGCGGUGGGAACAACCGAUGGACGGACGACUCCAAAAACGAUGAAGAUUGGUCCAAACCCUUGCCUCCCAGUGAGCGUGUGGAACAUGAACUCUUCUCUGGAGGCAACACCGGGAUAAACUUUGAGAAAUACGAUGACAUUCCUGUUGAAGCCACAGGACAGAACUGUCCACCACAUAUUGAGAGUUUCCAUGAUGUAGAUAUGGGAGAGAUCAUUAUGGGUAAUAUAACCCUGAGCCGGUACACACGGCCCACUCCUGUCCAGAAGUACGCCAUUCCCAUCAUCAAGACUAAGAGAGACCUGAUGGCGUGCGCACAGACAGGUUCUGGAAAGACUGCAGCCUUCCUGUUGCCCGUCCUGAGCCAGAUAUUCACUGAAGGACCAGGAGAAGCGCUGCAGGCUAUGAAGAACAGCGCACAGGAAAAUGGGAAAUAUGGCCGUCGUAAGCAGUAUCCCAUUUCACUGGUCUUAGCCCCCACAAGGGAGCUGGCUCUCCAGAUCUACGAAGAGGCCAGGAAGGUUGCGUACCGCUCUCAUGUGCGUCCCUGUGUGGUGUACGGAGGCGCUGAUAUCGGUCAGCAGAUCCGUGAUCUGGAGAGAGGCUGUCAUCUGCUGGUGGCCACUCCUGGACGUCUGGUGGACAUGAUGGAGAGGGGCAAGAUCGGCCUGGACUACUGCAAUUAUUUGGUGCUGGAUGAAGCAGACAGGAUGCUGGACAUGGGCUUCGAGCCACAGAUUCGGCGUAUCGUGGAGCAGGACACCAUGCCGCCCAAAGGGCUUCGUCAAACCAUGAUGUUCAGUGCCACCUUCCCCAAGGAGAUCCAGAUCUUGGCUCGUGACUUCCUGGAGGAAUACAUCUUCCUGGCUGUGGGCAGGGUUGGGUCCACCUCGGAGAAUAUCACCCAGAAGGUGGUGUGGGUUGAAGAAAAUGACAAGAGGUCCUUCCUGCUGGACUUGCUCAAUGCCACAGUCAUUCCAAAUGAGGUUCAGGACAGUACGGCGGAGAGCGUAGAAAAACCUGGUAAAGAAUCUCUGACCUUGGUGUUUGUUGAGACUAAGAAGGGGGCGGACUCUCUGGAGGACUUCCUGUACCGUGAAGGCUACUCCUGCACUAGUAUCCAUGGUGACCGAUCCCAGCGGGACCGUGAGGAAGCGCUCCAUCAGUUCCGCUCCGGGAGAUGCCCAAUCUUAGUAGCCACGGCUGUUGCUGCACGUGGUCUGGACAUCUCCAAUGUCAAACACGUCAUUAACUUUGACCUGCCUAGUGACAUCGAGGAGUACGUCCACCGCAUCGGGCGUACUGGUCGUGUGGGAAACCUGGGUCUUGCCACAUCGUUCUUCAAUGAUAAGAAUGGCAACAUCACCAAGGAUCUGCUGGACAUCUUGGUGGAGGCCAAACAGGAAGUGCCAUCCUGGCUGGAGAGCCUGGCGUACGAGCACCAGCACAAGAGCAGCAGCCGCGGGGGGCGCUCCAAAAGGUUUUCUGGUGGUUUUGGGGCCAGAGACUACCGUCAGACCAGCAGCGGCUCCAGCGGUGGAGGAUUCGGGAACCGCGGCGCACGCAACACCGGCGGUCACGGAGGAAACCGUGGAUUUGGCGGCGGUGGAGGUGGCUUUGGGAACUUCUACAGCAGUGAUGGCUACGGAGGAAACUAUUCCCAGGUGGACUGGUGGGGAAACUAAGACUCCUCCACCUCUUCACUCCUCACAACGACCGUGGAGCACCAUGCCAAACUCACUGAAUGGAAACCACAUGUACCAUAGCCAGACUAUAUACCCUGUGUAGCUUUGAAGAACUUUGCAGUACAUUACCAGCUGUGAUUCUCUGACCACAUCUGGAGAAGCUUGAACUCCGUGGGACUCGGGGAUGCCGGGAUAUCUGGAGGUUUGACUGUAGCAGGAAGCAGUCUCAUGAUGUGCUCGACCGAACUGAAGGGGGAACGGAGGCUGAAGUUUGCUUUAGAUUCUUGGACUCUAGUUUUCCACUACAUUUCAUUUCUUUGUACUAAAUGAGAAUCAUUUGUUAAUGUACUGUUCCUUUAAAUUUAGACUCACUGUGUUUUGUUUGUUUUUCUGUUCUUUUUAAAUGUCUGGCUGGCAAUUGUUUUCCCCUUUUUUUUUUUUUUCUCUUUUCUUUCCCCUCGAAAGAUUUGUUUGUAUGGUAUAACAAAAUAAGCUUGGAUGUAAUCAAACCUUGGCAAGUCUGGGAUGGUUUGUCACAACCUCAUUUUGAACUGAAAUUUUCAGCGGGGUCACCAGCGCUGGUGUCGCAGGGGCCUGACCCCCUCGAUUGGCUGCAGUUCUCUUGUGUGGUAUCACAAGGGAGCGAAAAAUAUUGAAUGUUGGAAGGAAAAGCUUUCGCUCACUCUAUCCUGGAGAGGUAUCUAUUAUAGAGAUGGUAGUCUUCUGAGAAAGAAACAAAGCCAUUCCAGUAUAUUCUCUUAAAUUUAAUUGUGACGAACCACGUCUGCCUCCCGCCGCUUCGCUUCAUAACCACACCACCGAGGCAGCUAGUUCAGUACCACAUGCUAGCCGUUAGGUGGUGUUGGAUUAAAGUUUUUUUUUUCUUGAACUGUUAUGGCAGUAGCAAUUGGAUUCGUCUCUUUCUUCCUUCGAAAUCCAUUCUUGAAGUAGAUUAACGGUGGGCUGGUGGCAGUGAAGUGUUCUAAUGGCUGCUCUAGAACCGCGAGGUCAGAGCCCAGCCCGUCUCUGAAGAAUCCGCAUGCUAGUGUUCUUGUUUUUUGGUCAAGGAGAUUUUCGAACCGAUUUCUGCCGCAGGCUUUUACGUUCGUUACAAGUAACUUUUUUUUUUUUUUUUUUUUUUUUCUUUUUCAAGCUGCGUUGAAUUCCGAAAGACAUCCUCGGCUUUACUCUUGAGACACGGCUCGCUCGUGACCCCCGGCUCUUCGAGAGGACUGGGGUCAGCAGAAUUCGGUGUACACCACGGGAACCGCACCAAACCAGCUGCAGGGGUGUGGUUUGGUGUAAACCAGACUCUUAUUGAUUGGUUUGUAGUGGAGGAGGUUUCCAUGGCAUCCUGGCCAAAGACAGGGUUCUUUCAAACUCCCGCGCGCCCUUAAUAGUGCACUACUGAUGAGGGCGAGUGGGAUGCGUUUAACUGAAGUGCAAUAGAUUUACUCUCAAGCGUGUUGUGCCUUUUGACAUGAAUUUGGAAAAGGUGACCUGAAGCAGAUGCGUGGACAGUAUUGAGGUGACUUGAGAGCAGUGGUGCUACUUGUGCCCUUCUGUGUUACGCCCAUCAAGUUUUACAAAAGUUGUUUUAUUGCACAUCUAGGGUUUUAUAUAAGUGUCUUGAGUGCGUGUCCUUAAGCUUCCGAAAAUUGUGCGUGAAGAUUGUGAAAACGCAGCUUGUUUACAAAAGGGGAAGGGUUCUCCAAUCGUUAACCAGGAUUGAUUUGGGACCAGCAGUGGGGAAUUUAGCUAUUUGCACAGAUUACUAGAUUCAACUUUUGCUGCUAGUUUGUGUAAUUUAUUAAGCAUUUUUGACAAAUAUUUAUUUUUAUAAGCCUAAAAGUGAUAGUUUCAAGUAACUUGACCAAAAGACAGUACAAAAACACUGGCACUUGAAUGUUGAAUGUCACCCGUAUGCGUGAAACUUAUAUUUUUCGGGGUAGUGUGAGCUUUUUAAUGUUUAAGGUCAUUUUGGACUGAAAAUUUACUGUAAUUGUAUAUACAAUACAUUGUGUAUACAAUACAAAUACAACUUUAAUCUGUAAUUGGCAUCUGACUAAACGUUUCAAUCCGAUCAAUCAAACUCUGAAUUGGAAGCCGAAAUUUAAAUAUAACCAUGCCAAGGUUUGGAAAAAGUUACAGAAAUAUUUUUGUAAAUGUGUAUCAGUGCAAAGUGUUCAGAUUAUCCAGUUCUCUUUUUGGUUUGUUUUUGUUUCCCCAAUAUUUAUUUUUAUUUGAACCCCCAGUGAAUGUCUGGCACAUGGCAAUCUUAAGUAACAAAAACAUGUGGUUAUUCUCUAUUGUUGCGUUUGCAUAUUUGGGCUCUGUUGGUGUUCUCUGACAGGUUUGGCUGAAGAUUCAGUCUUAAUUACAGAAGCAGUUAUGGGUGAAGUGUUUAAAGCAUGCAAUGACAGGUUUUAAUUGACCAAAUCAUGUGAAAGAACAUCACCGGAGCCCUUAGAGUUAGAGUAUUUGCUUUAUGUACUAGUUUAGAGGCUGUGCACUGCACGAAAAAUAAAAUGUGUGUUUAUUGUAUUUUACCAAAUUAAAGUUGGAAAUUGCAAAUACAG